CUGCAGUCACUGUUUUUGGGGUGCCGAAACAUUAAAACAGCUUUAUACAUUUAUCGAUACAUCGACGAAUGCUUGCUAGUCGGUACGCGUACUUGAAGAUGAUACGAUCAAAUUUGGCACUUUCGGUGGUGAUGAUUGCAGUUUUGGUCGGUGCUGUAAAUACUUCCGGUCGAUUAUUAGAAAACUGGAAAACUCGUCGCGAUGAACGAAUCGUUCGCAGGCACAGGCUGCGUGAGUUGGCCGAGUUCGCUCCAACGAUAAUGUUUGGGUUACAAGAUCAGGCUAACACGCUGCCCAGUAAUAACAUCACUCAUCACAAUCACAAUACGUACCCAGUUGAAUCGCCUCACGAGGAUUACCAUGACGUCGAAAUAAGUGAAAGUGAUCUGACGGAGGCAGCCUUGGGCCAGUACCGGACGGCACCUCGCAGAACAAUCUUCGAGCAAAAUGUGAUUUUUAGGUUCUAUAAUGGUGGAAAUUUAACCAAAACCACAACCAUCAAUAAACUACCGCUUCUUAAGGAGACAUCCUGCUCCACGACACAAAAAUUUGCAAUCAUCGUCCACGGAUGGCGUGAGAAUUGUUAUGAAACAUUUUGGAUCAAGGAUCUGGAGAUAAAUCUGAACAUCCAUCGGGGUGGUUGCAUCAUCUGUGUAGAUUACUCGACGUUUGCGAGUAACAAUUACCCCUAUCUGUUCAAGCGAUUCAACGAUCUCAGUGCGGUCCUGCUGAAAUUUCUUCGAACGCUACAAUACGAGGGGCUGCAGUUCGACAAUCUUUACAUGUUUGGCUUUAGUUUCGGCGGGCAGCUGGUAUUGGAUGCCGGUAAUCAGAUAGGAUACAACGCGAUUGAAUCAAUCGAUACUUGUGACAUGGCAGGUGUAGGAUUUGAUCAGGAUCGCUUCUUUAAGGGCAUUCAUUUUCGAAAUGCGGCGAAGAAUGUGCAAUGCAUUCAUACAAGCACUGACAAAGGCACUAAGUUGAUGGAUAAAUGUCACCAGGAUUGGCGAAUGGGACAGUGCGGCUUUCGACAACCGGCUGCGGGAAAGCCACCUUUGGGAUCGCAUGGCCUUUGUCCAGUAUUUUAUAAUUUGGCAUUCAAGGUAAAAUUUCUGGCUGAACAGCGACCACCAGAAUGCACCAUGCUGCGAGAGCCUACGGCUGAGUAUCCAAACGGAUUUCGAAUGGGAUAUUUGGAGAGAAGAAAGGGACAAGUAAGAGGUGAACUGUAUGCUCAGACAACGGAUCGGUUUCCUUUCACGGUGUUCAAUGACCUAUAACGCCAAAGUGCUAUAGACGCAACGUGUAAUAAUCAAACCAGUGCAGUUCUUUUAGACAUUUUUUUUCCUAUUUAUAUCAAUAAAUGUU